ACAUAAUCAGCACCAAUUUUGCUAUUCCACUGCUCCACAGCAAUAUUUCGCGGCACUUUGUCAGUUUUAUAAAGCCAGUUCUGUUCUUUGUUUCUAAUCAUGCGUAAGGUGGUGGUGAUACUGAAAUCGGAAAGUGAAAACACGGACAAUUACGGGGCGCUGCUGGAGAAGCAUGGGUUUGAGCCCGUUUUCAUUCCGACGCUGGAGUUUUCCUUCAAGCACCUCGACGUUCUACGGGACCGAUUACUUUCGCCUUACAAAUACUCAGGGCUGAUAUUCACCAGUCCCCGGAGCAUAACAGCCGUCCGGGACGCUGUUCAGGGUCAGAAGCUAAAAGACGACUGGAAAACGCUGGAGAACUAUUCCGUUGGGGAAACGUCCCGCGAUCUGAUCCAGCGAACACUCGAUCUUGACACGAAGGGUCACCACGCGGGGAAUGCGAGCAAUUUGGCCGAUUUCAUAAAGACCGAUCUGUACAACAAAACCGUAACGAUGCCCUUUCUCUUUCCCUGCGGAAACCUCAAGCAGGACGUCUUGCAGAACAAGCUAUCCGAGUACGGUUACUCGCUGGAUUCGGUCGAAGUGUACGAAACGGUGCCUCAUCGGGAACUGGAAAGCAAUUUGCUCGCCCUAUUUCGGGAUGAGCGCGAAGAGAAGAGUGAUCGUCGAAUCGACAGCCUACUGUUCUUUAGCCCGUCUGGCAUCAAUUACUGUGCGCACGUGUUUGAGAAGCAUCGAAUAAAUUUGGCCGGGAAAAAGAUCGUGGCGAUCGGACCGAGCACGAAGAAAGCGAUCGAAAACAAGGGCAUCACGGUGCACCGAACCGCAGAAAAGCCGUCUCCCGAUUAUGUGAUCAGUGCCCUCUUGCAGGAUACCUAAGGCCCCAUCACACAGAACACCAAGGACCGGGAAAAUGCGAGAUGUUUCGAUGAACGGAGACAGCAAGACAGAGGCAGUCCGAACAGGAGCGCCAUGCGAAUGUGCAAUAACAAUCCGUCUUAGAUGUUUAUUUUCCUAAAUG